AACUAACACACUCUUUCUCUUCUCACCCUACAAGUCACAACACCACCAGACCAAUGGCCUCCCCAACCUUGCUCACUCCCAACACCUCCACCCCAAAACCCCUACUAACACCUACUAUUAAAUCCAAACUCACCGCCACCACCACCACCAAUGCUGCCACCCAUCGCCGCCGUGAUUUUUUAUCAUUGGCUGCCGGAAUUUUCGCUCCUGCAUUGAUACUUCCCUUGAGUAGUACUCCAGCUGCAUGGGCCACUGAGGAUGCAGAGUACGUAAAGGAGACAAAUGAGGUGAUCAACAAGGUUAGAACCACCAUCACCAUGGACAAAAAUGAUCCCAAUAUAGCUACUGCAGUGGCUGACUUGAGAGAAGCAUCCAAUACUUGGGUGGCAAAGUAUAGAAGGGAAAAGGCUCUAUUAGGCCGGUCUUCAUUUAGGGAUAUUUACUCGGCCCUCAAUGCUGUUUCUGGCCAUUAUAUUAGCUUUGGUCCUACUGCACCCAUCCCUACUAAGAGGAAGCAAAGAAUCUUGGAAGAAGUUGACACUGCUGAGAAGGCAUUAUCAAGAGGGAGAUAAAAUUUGAGCCAAUAAUUUGUAGUUGGUUGCAAUUUUCCCCCUUUCCUAGCUCCUUUUUUUGUAUCUAUUGAUCAUUAACUACAACUGAGUUUGAGAAUAUACAAUGAAAUUCAACAAGAGCAUUCAUGAUCAUGAGGUAACGUGCGAUUAGUUUUGAGUUUGAUUUAAUUAAUUUGCCAUUCGAACCUAGUAAUUUUAUUCAUGCUUCUAUACAGCCAAUUAAUUAUUGAGGAGUUACUAUAUGCAAUUUUAACUUGUUCUAUAGGAUUGCACAUGUAUUAGGGUCAAUUUCCUCAUCAAUAUUUCUUGGGCUUCGUUGUUAUGGUUUUAAUUUGAUAGUAGCUCAGUAAUUCUUUGAGGU